UGGCUGCCACUGACAGGAGGCGCGGCGCUCGGCGCUCGGCGCACGGCGCGCGUGGUGACGUCACGCUGAGGGGCGGGGCCGGGCCGGGCCGAGGACAGCGCGACUUCUGCGGGUGCGACUGAGAACCGCUUCUUACCACUUUGAUUCCCACCUUCAAUUAGAAGUGAGUCAUCUUGUUUUCUGCAUAACCCUUCUUUUUGGCAUUGAGUUUGUGGACAUCUCCAGUGAACUAUGCCUAAAGUUGUGUCCCGGUCUGUUGUCUGCUCCUACACCCGAGACCGGGAGGAAUAUGAGGACGGCGAGAAGCCCCUCCACGUCUACUACUGUUUGUGUGGCCAGAUGGUUCUGGUACUGGACUGUCAGUUGGAGAAAUUGCCCAUGAGGCCCCGGGAUCAGUCCCGGGUGAUUGAUGCUGCCAAACACGCCCACAAGUUUUGUAACACAGAAGACCAGGAGACUAUGUAUCUUCGCAGGCCUGAAGGCAUUGAACGACAGUACAGGAAGAAGUGUGCCAAGUGUGGACUGCCACUCUUCUACCAGUCCCAGCCAAAGAACGCUCCUGUGACCUUUAUUGUGGAUGGGGCAGUAGUCAAGUUUGGCCAGGGUUUUGGGAAAAUGAAUAUAUAUACUCAGAAGCGAGAGCCUCCUAAGAAGGUGAUGAUGACCAAACGAACUAAAGACAUGGGCAAGUUCAGUUCUGUCACUGUGUCUACUAUUGAUGAAGAGGAAGAGGAGAUUGAGGCUAGGGAGAUUGCUGACUCGUAUGCACAGAAUGCCAAAGUGAUUGAAAAACAGCUGGAGCGCAAAGGCAUGAGCAAAAGGCGGCUGCAAGAGCUGGCUGAACUAGAAGCCAACAAAGCGAAAAUGAAGGGGACUUUGAUUGACAACCAGUUCAAAUGAUUAGGACCGUUCUCUGAACCCAGACUAAAGGCAAGCAUUUAGACCAGGAGGCGAAAGAACUUUUUCUUGACUGCAUGGACUGGUUCCUACCUUUAUGCCCCAGCAAAAGGCCUUAUGUUGCUUCCUACAUUCAGUGAGGUCUUUGAAUCCAUCUGACCUACUUUCUAGAAAUGAAUUUUUUAAAUACAUGGGUCUUCUGUACUAUUUUUUUUUUUGUCCAUUUGAUGUCAACUAUUUUGGUUGUAUAGAAACUCCAUAAGUAGACUAGUGCUUGAGUGGCUUUAGUUUCUAAAGUAGCUGUUCUUUAAUAAAAUAUUUAAAGAUUUUUUUUGGGGGG